AUGGCUGCAUCGCGCGAAGAUAUUCAACGUGUAUCCAUCGACUCUAUGGCUGACUGGGAACGCAUCGAAAAUAACUACAGGACAGCAGUACUGUCUGAAUUACGAAGCCAGAUCGCCGCCAAAGGUGUUCAAGGCGAGCAAGAAACCCUGCUUGCAUACGCACAACGGUUUCUGGACCGCACUUUGAUGCUAGCUCAUCCAAAUUUACGUGUCAACGGUCACAACUUCGAGGCGCUUAAAGACGGUCAGCCUGAUGUGGAACCCUUCGACGAAGCUUUAGACCGACGAAUAUGGUCAUUGGCCGCUCAUAGACAAGGGUGUCAUAAAGCCAUUGCAGAAACAAGACGAACCACCCCCACGAAGAUCGCCAAUUCGAUUGAUGAGUUAUAUGAACACGAGCAUAAGAUGGAAAGAGGAAUACCAGACAUACUUCAGGCCGACGAAAACGCGGAGGAUAUGACUCUAGAUGACGAUAUCGAUGAGGGCCAAACAGAGGGGUUUUAUAAAGCAUCGGCGAUGGCGGAAGAACUUGUACAGACAAUGCCCAGUCAGGUCGAACGAUCUGAGAGGCUGGAGGAAGUCGCCUUCGAAAUCAAGAAUCUCAAGCCUUGA